UUAUGUUAUAUUUUUAAAUUGAAAAACUAUGAUUUUGCGUCCGUUGAAUCGCGUCUUGCCGCGCCGCGUUUCCGAUUUGGCAUGUUUCCUGCUCGUGGCCAUAUUCGUGCCGGUAACAUAUAUCUUUCAAACAACAAUUGUUUUGCCAGAGCUUCAUGAUGUCGGAGGAUUUUGGUAUAGCGCUAUAUGGGUGGCCGGCCUCUUUCUCGUAUUCAACCUGACAUCCAAUAUGCUGGCUUGCAUGCUUGUGGACACAACCAUAAAGAUUGUUAUCCUGAAGCCGCCCAUGGAGCCUGACCUGCGCUGCCGCUGGCGCAUGUGUGAGGAGUGCCAGGCAUUGGUGCCGCCGCGAUCGCAACACUGCGAUGUGUGCAAGAUUUGCGUUCUGAAGCGGGACCAUCAUUGUCUCUUCACCUGCUGUUGCAUUGGCCACUAUAAUUAUCGAUAUUUCUUCUAUUUUCUGGUCUACAUGGCGAUUGGGUCCCUCUAUGUGAGCAUAAACACGAGCAUCUAUUUGUGGUAUUUGCAUGCUGAUGUGUACUGGAGGUUGUACACCUUACUAAAAUUAAUAUUCCCGGCAUUGCUGCUUGUCAUUGACUCGUCGUGGGCGAAUUUUUAUCUAUUCGUAUACGAGCUGAAUCUGUUGGCGUUCUCCAUGAGCACGCUCUUGCUUCUAUUCCAUUGGCCGGUGAUAGCACAUGGGGCGACAGCGAAACAACGACGAGGCAAGGAUUUUGAUCUCGGCCUACGGGGAAAUUUGGAAAUGGUGCUGGGCAAGCGCAUGUUCUUGACAUGGCUGUCGCCCUUCGUGCGCAGCGAGUUGCCUCACGACGGCAUAAAUUGGAUGCCUAAUGCUAAAGAAAACUGAAUCAUCAUUUAUAGAACUAGUCACCUUUUGGAUUUAGUGUUAGUCUUAGAAUUGGGAGGGGAAGGCUUUAAAUCUAAUGCAUUAAUUAAUUCCAUUAAUUGCAUUAUAUAGCCUGUUGUCUCUUGCGAUUUUUGGGCUUUGAGUAAACAUAGUCAUUAGACAUAAGUUGCAUCUUGUGGAUGUGUAGGAAUUUAUUUAGAUGUACAACAAAUAUUGCAAUAUUAAACGUAUGUAUGUAUUGUGUAGCUGUA